AGAAAGAAUGGUACAAUAAACUUCAUGAGGAGGUGGAGUGUGUCGCCAUGGGACGUAGAGACGGGCGUGCGUCGCACGACUUGAUGGUAAAGAGUGAGAUAGAAAGGGGCGUCUGUGUGCGCUACGAGCUUUUUAAAAAGGGAAACGGGCACGUUGGCAGUCACGCUCCGACCCUAGUCCGUCAAGGAUCUCGUCUCUCUCUUCUAAACAACCGAUAGUUCCAUCACACACACAUUUAUUUUAUUUUUCGUUUGUUUUUAAAUCAACGAUGUAAUACGACACGUUUCAUCGCAAUUGCGUCUAGUGCGAAACAAAAACAAAAAAAAACGGGCGGAAAUAAAAAGAAAAUAAAAAAAAAAAAAAGGAAAAAACAAUUUCAAAUGUGUUUGUGUUUUGGAUUGUUUCCUUCGAAGAAAAGAGAAAUCGUAAGGGUGCGAAUAGAAAGGAGAUUUCAGCGACGUCAUGGCGUACGCGUCGGCUGGUGCGGGAAGUAAUUUGCACGAUGAUCUAUCAUCGGCUUGUACCGUGUCUUCCGGUCAGUGUGUGGCACCUUAUCCGUACGAUGUAGACGUCUCGUCUAUCGCCACGCGAACUACAAACAACAACCCCGUCAUACGAUCGUUUGGCGGCGUACGCCAAUUCCUCUGCCGCACCCUCAAACAAGUUCAUUUCUCCGGCGUCCACCACGAGAGCCGACCUUUCCCACUGGAACGGCCCAAGAGACCAGACAAAAACCUCUCCGCUCUUUGCCGAGCAACUCAACUGACCAAGGAAGAAUUGAAAAAAUUCUAUCGAGCCUUCAAGCAGGAAUGUCCCCUCGGAACGGCAGAACCGAAGCACUUUCGAUACAUCCUCACCAAAUACUACCCGCUGGGAGACUGUUCCAGUUACGCCACCUGUUUGUUCAACGCCUUCGACCCACAACGUAAGGGCUACCUGACCUUUGAGGAGAUGGUGUUGGCCAUAUCAGCCCUGUCUAGGGGAUCGUUAGCGGACAAGCUGCGCUGGGUCUUCACGUUGUACGAUUCGGAUGGUGACGGAGUCAUACACCGUUCAGAGAUUCGCGACGUCAUUUUGGCGGCGUAUCGUAUGGGGGGACGAAAUCAAGGUAAUCCAUCAAUUAAAAAGUUGGCACAACACUCGUCAUUGUCGCAGCAACCGACGAGUUCCGUCCAAGUGGAUCAGCUCAUCAACCAACAGACUGACAAAGUCUUCCAGAAGUUGGAUCUAAACCACGACGGAGUCGUCACCAUGGAGACUUUCCUCCAAGUUUGCCUCCAGGACCAGAGUAUCAUCACAUCUAUUGAGAGAUUGACAUCCGACUUGGGAUGAUCCAGCGCAUCCGUCGUGACACUGUUGCCGUCGUUUAAAAAAGAAACAAUUCAAUCAAUAAAAGAAAAGGCAAUCGGAAACGCACCAUUUCUUUUUUUUUCUGUUUUAUUUCACUUGUAACGAUCUAACUUAAAGCAAUUUUCUGUUUGAAUGUGUCGAUCUUAAUUGUCCAUAUUUUAUUAUUUGUUUCCUCCAUACGUUUAUACAUAAUUAUACACAUCUAUAAAUACAGAUCUUAUAGGCUA